AAAGAGGAGGCGCGGCUCGUCUUCGGCUGCAGGGCCCGGCUCGUGUUCCGAACUGCCGACCAGCGAAAGUCGCGCGAUUUCCGCGCGAGAAGAGAGAAAGGGAGAGGUCGCGCGCUUCUAACAUCUGCGAGAUGACGACGCAAGAGCCGCCCCAGGAAGCUAUCGUAAACGCCAGCGCAGCCGUCGCCAGCGUCGCGGCGACCGGCGCCGCGUCUGGCUUCACGUUCGGCGUCACGCUCGCCACCGCGUCUAACACGGCGUCUGGCUUUGCGUUAGGCACCGCGACCGGCACCAAGCCCGACACUGCGACCGGCACCCCGACCGGUGGCGCGCUGGACAACAAGUUCUCCAUGCUCAACCUGAACUUCUGGGACCCGAUCUCGUUCGAGCACGAGGAGUCGUCGCCGCAGUGCCGGAUGCGCACUAAGCGAGACAUCAUGGACAUCUACGCCGAGCCGCCGCCGGGAGUGCACAUCGCGCCCGAGGAGCACAACAUCACCAAGAUCCACGCCCUGGUGCUGGGCCCCGCGGGCACGCCGUACGAGGGCGGCUUCUUCCACUUCCUGAUACAGUGCCCGCCGGACUACCCGAUCCAGCCUCCGCGCGUCCGCCUCAUGACCACCGACGCCGGCCGCGUGCGCUUCAACCCGAACCUGUACGAGAACGGCAAGGUGUGCCUCAGCAUACUGGGCACCUGGGAAGGGCCCGCCUGGAGCCCCGCGCAGUGCAUCGCCAGCGUGCUCAUCUCCAUACAGUCCCUGCUAACGGAGAACCCGUACUACAACGAGCCGGGCUUCGAGACCGAGAGGCGGCUGGGCGACUCGAGGCGCUACAACCUCAUCGUGCAGCACGAGACGAUCCGCGUGGCCGUGUGCGACGCCGUCGAGGCCUGCCUCGAGGGCUGCUCGAUGUGCCCGCCGAGUCUGAGGGAGGUGAUGCUGAACGCGUUCCCGGACUACUACGACAAGCACGAGCAGGUGGUCAAGGCCAACAUGGAUCUCACAGGUACGCGCAUGUUCGACCCGUUCGGCGCCAGGAGGGGCCUGUACCAGUACGAAACGUUGCUCAAGCGGCUGCAGAAACUGAAAGAGGGAGUCCGAAAGUGGCUGGACACUCCGCCACAAGAGAGAGAAUAGAGUGACUUUUGUCUCUGUGGCGUGGCCCGGGAGCACGCAGAAAGCUGAAUCUGCGAUGUGUGUGGGUGUGGUUUUUUUUUUCUUUCUGUCUCUCUCUCUAACGUUUCUGCGGAGCCAUCUCAGACUGGACGUGGAAGUAAAGCGAGACUCUUUUUUUUUUUUGAGCUGCAGAGUGCGCGAAACAGUGUUGUUAACUGUGAUACAGAGUAGGUCGUCUUUGCAGUUCAAUGGAUUGAAAUAAAAAGCUUGACAGCGAA